UAGCGUUUCGAUGGUUAAAAAAAAAAACAACUACUUGACGGGUAGCGGAGAAAGGGAUCUCAGCUAGGCCGGUGCGGUUCUGACCGAGCGCCGGGCGCCGCAGGGUUUUUUUUGCACGCCAUGGGCAAAAGGGAUAACCGGGUGGCUUAUAUGAAUCCCAUAGCAAUGGCUAGAUCACGAGGUCCUGCUCCAUCUUCAGGACCUACCAUACAAGACUACUUGAACAGACCAAGACCAACAUGGGAAGAAGUAAAAGAACAACUAGAAAAGAAGAAGAAGGGUUCCAAAGCCUUAGCAGAAUUUGAAGAAAGGAUGAAUGAGAACUGGAAAAAAGAACUCGAAAAACACCGGGAGAAAUUGUUAAGUGGAAGCGAGAGCACUUCAAGGAAGAAAGAGAAGAAGAAGAAGGAGAAGAAGAAAUCCAGUAGGUUGUCUCCAUCUUCCUCUUCCUCAUCAAGCUCUGAUUCUUCCAGUAGUUCUUCUGAUUUUGAAGAUGAGGAUAAGAAACAAGGGAAAAAGAGAAGAAAAAAGAAGCACCGCUCCUCACGGAAAUCAUCUGAAAACUCUAGUUCAGAUUCUGACUCGGACGGCAAGGACAGCUUAAAAAACAAAAGGGCAAAGGAAGACUAUGAAAGAGAAAAGGAUACCAAAAGCUUUGAAAGGAAAAGGAAGAAAGCAGAUCGUGGGGAUGGCAUGUUAUCGACAGAGUCCUCAUCAGAAUCAGAACACACAGAGGAGGUACCAGCAAAAAAGAAGAAAACCGGGGAAGAAAAAGAGAAAAACGUAAGCAUUAUCCUGCUUAUCAAAGAACUUCCAACAAAAACUGAUUUUAAAUUUCAGACUGGCAUAAAUAUGUGUGGGCACAAACUCCUCCCUCUUACCAUUUCAUUUUUUAAAAAGAUAAAACAAAAAAACGGAAGAAGCACAAGAAACAUGGCAAAAAGAAAAAAAAGAAGACGGCCAGCUCAAGCUCUUACUCAGAAUAACUUCAGUCAAGACUCUCUUCCCCCCAACACCUUCUUAUCAAAAGUGCAAUGA